AAAUUCCCUAAUAUUCACCAAUUCUGAAAAACCCUAGACAAAACCCCCCCAAAUUUGAAGGCCUGCCUAAUCCCACUCGCAUAGCAUUUCUUGUUACAGAGCUGAACUAGUCUACACCCACAGAGCACGCAGUGGAUGUGAGAAGAGAUGGUCUGGUUUCAGUGUGAGGACUGCGGCGACAACCUUAAGAAACCCAAGCUUCCUAAUCACUUCAGGCAAUGCUCUGCUUUCAAGCUAUCGUGUAUCGAUUGUGGACAAGUAUUUGGGCAGCAAGACGUUGAAAGCCAUACUCAAUGCAUUACCGAAGCGGAAAAAUACGGUCCAAAGGGUCAAGGAAAUGCAGUGAAUGGAAUGAACACUAAGCCCAAAAAAGAUGCAAAGCUGAAACCAGAGGUUGACAUAAAUGUCGGAUUAUCUGAACGCCCUCCAUGGUUCUGUAGCCUGUGUAACACCAAGGCUACGAGUAAGCAAGCUUUGCUCCUCCAUGCAGAUGGGAGAAAACACAGAGCAAAAGCAAGAGGAUUCCAUGCAAAACAGCAGGGCAAUGGGACUGUAGAAACCAAUGGCUCUGCUGAAAACAAUGCAACAAAUAUAGUUCCUGAAAAUAAAGAUUUAGGUGAUUCAAGAGAUAUAAAUUCAUCUAAAGUUGCUCCCCUGUGUGACGGCUCUGGAGUGGAGAAUAAUUCUUUGGACUCAAACAAGAAAAGAAAACUUGAGGCAUCUGAAAAUGGUGAUGCUAACCACAAGAGCGGAGUUGAUGUUUCUAUAGAACUAGGCAAUGGUAAGGUUAGUCAAAUACAAGGAGCACAAACAGAGGUAACAAAAAGCUCGAAGAAGGCCAAACUCAGUGCAAAAGAGGAACACACUAAACUGGAUUCAGCUGCAGACAAGGAUGAGUGCAAGAGCAUUAAGUGGAAAAAGCUUAUCACUUCAGCACUGAAAUCUAAUCCAGAUGGUGCAAUGAAACUUAAGAAACUUAAGAAACUUGUUGUGAAAUCUUUAAAGGACUCUGGCUGCACGGAAGAUAAAAACCAAGUCACUGAUAUGAUUGAGCAAAAGAUCGAAUCAAGCUCAAGAUUUGUUGUGGAUGGAAAAUAUGUCCGCCUAGCCACCACCAGCUGAGAAGGGUCCAUUCGUUUUGUCACAUGAAUCGAUGAAUUACCAGAAGGAUAUCAAAACUGCUGAAUUUUGUAUGUUGCACUUUUUGAGAUGGAUUUUUUUUUAUUUGUUUAGGUUUUUUGGUCUAGAGCGCAUAUGAUCUGGGUUUCUACAUUCAAAUUUGUAUUUGUGGGGAGGUUGGGUAUAUCUGGAAUUGAGAAGUGAUUUUGUACUGUUUGUUACCAUGAACUAUGACAAAGAAGAUCCUCAACUUGAUAUAUAUGAAAUUCAGAUUGCAGAUU